AUGUUGAGGCUGGCAACAGUUUGCUCUUUCUUUAUCUCUGUGGUGAUUUGUCUUGAGAGCUAUUCUGAGAGCUUGGAUAUCACCCAUUUACCCGGUAACAAGGUAAACACGGCAUUCAGUUUUACCAGCGUAUCAGACAGCGUGAACAAGCAACAUUUUGAUGUGCUCCCUCGACCUCUUGUGUCUAUACUCCUCAACUAUCAGAUAGAAGAGCUCCAUCUUACUCUUACUCAGGGACUCUGGAGAGAUAAUCUGUGGGGCUACUCCCCCCACUCUGCGCCCCCCGGAGGACAGUUCCAUGUCUGGUUCGGAGGACAGUUAGCUGACAUUGACGAGAGGUGGAUCAACGUCCGUAACUCAAUAUCUGGUAUAACCUGCGCCUCCCUCGGUGCACUGUCAUCAGAAGAUACCAUCUCUCCUAAGCUAUCUCUCAAACCGGCUGGUCUGACUUCUACCAAGGGAGAUAACCGUUACAUGAGGUACGGUGUGUCCCCGUUUGAGGUGGUAUGUACGGAGAACCUGACCCCCUGGCUCAAACUCCUACCUUGUGGUAGCUCUGCUGGUCUGGCAUCUCUACUGGACGCCAGCAAGCUCUACGAUACUACUUAUCACUCGCUAGCAAUCCAUGUUCGACGAGUGAACUGUGAGGGAUGUUCGAGUCCUGGGUGGGAGAUAAAGUUGACCCUGUCUUUGGUAUUCUCUCCUGUCAGCUGUCAGGGAGGAAGGAUUGGAGUUUCAGGACCAUGCUGGGGAGAACUCUUGUUAAGUCAUGUCCAGUCUCUUACGAAACUAAGAAUUAACAACGUCAAUAUAAAAUCGUUGGAGCCAAUUGAUGCUCUAGAAAUAACACCCCCUGAAUACACGACAGUAUCGGACAAUGAGAUAUCAUUUGACGCACACAACAUCACCACUGUCAAGAUCCUUAAUGUCUAUCUUCGUUUUAAAAACAAAGAAAUAUCCACUGGUCUGGAGGAGAAUCCGGCCCUCCUGGCCCACACCUACAUAUCACGUGUCAGCAGCAGCAGCUCCGGACAUCUUGUUUCUGUUUUUACCAACUCUAAAGAUCACGACAUAAAGAUUCUGUACCUUCAGUCCAUUCCAUGGUAUCUACGAGCGUACGUCCACACAAUGAAAUUGGAACAAAUUCUACCUGCCAGCAAGCAGCUGAGUUUUGAGGAUUUGUCAUUGACUCUAGCCAAGGACAGGAGUCACCCUUAUACUUUUGAGACGAUAUUAACAGUGCCAGCUGGAUCAACUACUAAAUUUAGUAUUCAGUUUGACCCGUUGAUGUUGCGUUGGAAUGAAUACCCACCAGAUGCACAUCAUGGCAGAAGUAUUCCCAGUGGAAUCAUAACCUUUAAAAAUGAUGGACAGGUGGUUCGUUUAUACACGGAGUCUCCGCUAGUUUACCUGCCUACCCCUGAUUUCAGCAUGCCCUUCAACGUCCUCUGUCUCGUUAGCACCGUCAUUGCAAUCGUAUACGGUUCGAUCUUUAGUCUGACUACGAAAGAUCUGGUGUGUAUAAAGGAAACAGAGGUUAAGAAGGGACUGCUUCUCCAGUUGGUAACCGGUAUUAGGGGUUUAUUUAAAAAAGAAGGAUCUUUUAAGGAGACAAGCGAAACAGAACCAGAAGUUAACAAAGUUUCAGAAGAGAAAGAUUCUAAUAGUAUAGAGGACUGUAGUAAAAUUGAGGACGAGAAAUAAUUUCAAUAUGUACAUUUUAGUUUAUAUUAAUGUGAUUGAUAUUAAUUUUGGCUCUAUUUUUCAUAUUCAAAAGGUCAAGUCAUGUUUGGAGA